CACAUGCCGAGCAGAAGAUGUAUUUACGAAAAUCCUCAAAUUUAUCGCUAAAAUGUGUUCGACACUCGCUGAAAUCCUUAAAAAAUGUUCAAACGAGGGCAGUUAGUAGUGGAUUUAAUGAAGUAGAAACGGAAAUUACCUUAGAUUCUGGCCGGUCAAUUUACAUUUCAACGGGAAAAUUCGCGAGAUUUGCGAAUGGCUCGGCGAUUGUUCGUUCCGGCGACACCUCUGUGAUGGUAACUGCUGUCUCGAGUCAAAAAGCAGGCACGCAAUCUUUCACUCCCUUGUCUGUGGAUUAUCGUCAAAAAUCCGCCGCUGCAGGUCGUAUUCCCACAAAUUUCCUGCGUCGUGAAUUGGGACCGUCGGAAAGGGAAAUUCUCUCGGGACGACUUGUGGAUCGCUCAAUUCGCCCACUUUUUCCUGCCGACUUCCGAUGUGAGACGCAAGUUGUUUGUAACAUGUUGGCAUUGGAUUCUGUGAAUGCGCCAGAUAUUCAAGCGAUUAAUGGAGCAUCAGCAGCUCUUGCGAUCUCAGAUAUUCCGUGGAAUGGACCUGUUGGGGCUGUUCGAGUUGGUUUGCUGGGCAACGAUUACAUUGUUAAUCCAACGCGACGCGAAUUACAGACUUCUGAAUUGGAUUUAGUGGUGACCGCAACGAAGCAAAAUCUCGUCGUCAUGCUCGAAGGCAAGGGAAAUGUCGUGGAUUUGGCAAAAUUGCAACGCGCGAUAAAAGUUGGGACACAACAAGCACAACAUAUCGUCAGAAUGAUCGAAAAUCUCCAAAAAUCGCAUGGAAAACCAAAAAGAACACUUGAACCAGCGCCGGAAUUAGACCCAGAAAUUCAAAAUGCGAUCAAGACAAUGUGUGACAUGCGCUUAAAAGAGGUUUUUACGAACGAGCAACACGACAAAAUGAGUCGAGAUCACGCUGUUAACGAAAUUCGCAGUGAUGUGAUCGAUCGUGUAUGGAGUAAUUACCCUCAAGAGGAACGACAACUCAUUCAAGACUACUUCAACAAGCACUGCAAGGAAGUUUUUCGUAAUCUCAUCUUCGAAAACGAUCAAAGAUGUGACGGGCGAGGCCUAGAUGACUUACGAAAAAUUGAAUGUCAAGUAGAUCUUCAUAAACCCCUUCACGGCUCGGCACUUUUCCAACGGGGACAAACUCAGGUAUUUUGUACAGUUGCUCUAGAUUCGCUGGAAAGUGCUCUAAAGUUGGACAGUUUAACGGCAUUGGAUACAGGCCUCAAAAAGAAAAACUUUUUCCUGCAUUACGAGUUCCCGCCUUACGCAACGGGCGAAAUUGGUCGAAUUGGGCCCGUCGGAAGACGAGAAAUGGGUCAUGGAUCGCUUGCUGAACGAGGAUUGGUCCCGAUAAUUCCUAAUGAUUACCCUUUCACGAUACGAUUGACGUCGGAAGUGCUGGAAUCCAAUGGUUCGAGUAGUAUGGCGUCAGUUUGUGCGGGUUCAAUGGCUUUAAUGGAUGCAGGAGUGCCCAUUUCUGCGCCGGCAGCUGGUGUGGCAAUCGGUCUUGUGACAAAAUAUGAGAAUGAUGACACGAAACACAUCCAAGAUUAUCGGAUAUUAACGGAUAUUUUGGGCAUCGAAGACUACCUCGGCGACAUGGAUAUGAAAAUUGCGGGCACACGAAAAGGCAUCACUGCUCUCCAAGCUGACAUAAAAAUUCCCGGAGUGCCCUUAAAAAUCGUCAUGGAGGCAUUAAUGAAGGCCACAGAUGCGAGACACAAAGUAAUUGACCUCAUGGAUGCCUGCAUCGCCACUCCUCGUACUGCCAACAAGGAAAACAAGCCUGUAACGGAAACAUUCAAAGUUGAGCCGCAUCAACGUGCGAAACUAAUUGGACCGGGCGGCGUUAAUAUCAAAAAACUCUAUUUAGACAUCGGCGUGCAACUGACGCAGCAAAAUGACACGGAAUAUUUGCUUUUUGCGCCGUCACAAGACGCCAUGGAUGAAGCGAAACAACUCAUCGAGGAGUGGAUGCAAGAAGAUCGGAUACCAAAUCUCGAAUUUGGAGCCAUUUACACUGCCAAAAUUGUUGAAUUACGAGAUACGGGUGUUCUGGUGACCCUUUAUCCGAAUAUGCCGCCAGCCUUGUUGCAUAAUUCGCAAUUAGAUCAAAGAAAGAUUGCUCAUCCGUCAGCAAUAGGAUUAGAAGUAGGACAAGAAAUUCAAGUAAAAUUCUUUGGACGUGAUCCUGUCUCAGGCCACAUGAGACUGUCACGGAAGGUGCUACAAGGACCAGCAACCCAAACCAUUCGUAGUUUAGACAAAAAGAAACCUCAAGAUGAAGGAGUUAAUAGCAAUUGACUUUAGUGAAAAUAAAAAAAAAAAACUAGACAAAUUCUGUUAUUUUGUGUUUUGUAUCCUCAUAAGCCUCAAAAUGAAAGAAAAGACUUCUAAAAGUUCAUUACAAUCGAUAUGCUGAGGAUUAAUGAAGAAAAAUAACUCAGAGG